AUGGUCGGCUCGCGGAUGCCCCAGCUCCUGUCCCGGACGAUGAUCCUGGCGCUUAUUUUCCUUCCUCAGGCACGGCCGGCGGGCGUCUUCGAGUUGCAGAUCCACUCUUUCGGGGCAGGCCCAGGCCCAGGGGCUCCGCGGUCCCCCUGCAGUGCCCAGGGUCCCUGCCGCCUCUUCUUUAGGGUCUGCCUGAAGCCAGGGGUCACCGAGGAGGCCGCCGAAUCUCCGUGCGCCCUGGGCGCGGCGCUGAGUGGGCGCGGGCUCGUCUACACCCAGCAGCCGGAGGCGCCAGCGCCUGACCUGCCGCUGCCCGACGGCCCCCUGCGCGUGCCCUUCCGAGACGCCUGGCCUGGCACCUUCUCUCUCAUCAUUGAAACCUGGAGAGAGGAGUUUGGAGAGGAGAUUGGAGGGCCCUCCUGGAGCCUGCUGGCGCGCGUGGCCGGCCGGCGUCGCCUAGCGGCCGGGGGCCCGUGGGCCCGGGACGUGCAGCGCGCAGGCACCUGGGAGCUGCGCUUUUCGUACCGCGCGCGCUGCGAGCCGCCCUCCGCUGGGACGACGUGCGUGCGCGUCUGCCGCUCGCACAGCGCGCCCUCGCGGUGCAGGCCGGAACUGCGCCCCUGCGGGCUGCUGGAGGACGAGUGCGAGGCUCCAGCGGCAUGUCGAGCAGGCUGCAGCCCAGAGCACGGCUUUUGUGAGCAACCAGAUGAAUGUCAAUGCCUGGAAGGCUGGACUGGGCCCCUCUGCACCAUCCCUGUCUCAGCUAGCAGCUGCCUCAGCCCCAGGGGCCCAUCUUCUGCCACCACUGGAUGCGUUGUACCUGGUCCGGGGCCCUGUGAUGGGAACCCAUGCGCCAACGGGGGCAGCUGCAGUGAAACACCAGGGUCCUUUGAAUGUGCCUGUCCCCGUGGAUUCUAUGGGUUGCGGUGUGAAGUGAGCGGGGUCACAUGUGCGGAUGGACCUUGCUUCAACGGUGGCUUGUGUGUGGGAGGUGCAGACCCCGACUCUGUCUACAUCUGCCACUGCCCGCCUGGUUUCCAAGGCUCCAACUGUGAGAAGAGGGUGGACCGGUGCAGCCUGCAGCCAUGCCGGAACGGCGGGUUCUGCCUGGACCUGGGCCACGCCCUUCGCUGCCGCUGCCGCGCGGGCUUCGCGGGGCCGCGCUGCGAGCAUGACCUGGAGGACUGCGCCGGCCGCGCCUGCGCCAACGGCGGCACGUGCCUGGAGGGCGGUGGCGCGCGCCGCUGCUCCUGCGCGCUGGGCUUUGGCGGACGCGACUGCCGCGAGCGCGCCGACCCGUGCGCUGCGCGCCCCUGCGCCCACGGUGGCCGCUGCUACGCUCACUUCUCCGGCCUCGUCUGCGCCUGCGCGCCCGGGUACAUGGGCGCGCGCUGCGAGUUCCCAGUUCACCCAGACGGCGCGGACGAGGGCGCAGACAGCUUGCCCGCGGCUCCGCUGGGUGUCAAGCGUGGGGACCCGCAGCGCUUCCUUUUGCCGCCGGCUUUGGGACUGCUGGUGGCCGCGGGCUUGGCCGGCGCUGCACUGUUGCUGGUGCAUGUGCGACGCUGUGGCCCUGGCCGGGAUACUGGGUCUCGAUUGCUGGCAGCGACCCCGGAGCCAUCCAUCCACGCACUCCCUGAUGCGCUCAACAACAUGAGGACUCAGGAGGGCCCCGGGGAUGGCCCGAGCCCGUCAGCAGAUUGGAAUCACGCUGAGGAUGGAGACUCCUGUGCGAUUUACGUCAUAUCUGCUCCUUCCAUCUAUGCUCGGGAGGCCUGACCUGUCCCUCCUCCACCAGUGCUUUGAGACAACCUGGAUGUUUACUUGGUGGUGCCCAAUCUCUGCGGAGUGGCUGGGAGAAUUUUACCCUUGGAAGUUGUACAUAAUACUUAUUUAUAUCCUAUUUUUCUU